UUGUGUGCAUGUACACAUACUGAAUGAUCAGUUUUCACAGGCAGUGUAUGAUCCAUAACCGUGUGUUCAACAAAGGAUAAGUCUGCUUGACGAGCAGUCUGGUUUUUAAGAUUAGGCACUCGUCAGGACCACAUGAAGAGCUCUGUCGCACAUAGAAUGCACCAGAACAUGGAUUUCUUAUUGUGGCUUUAUAAUCACUCUUUUUUUUCCCUGCAGCUAGCUGGAUGUCUAGUUUGCAGGUUUCUGUGGGUUAUAGGUUCUCUGUAUGUGUGACCUCACCGACUUGGUUAUGGCUCUUCCCCAAUGAAAAUCUUUCCUUUCGUAUUCAGUUUCUAGGUUAUUACAGUUUGACAGCUUUAGGCGUCCUUAAGCCCCCAGCCCCAAACAUCUCCUAUUUAUGUUUCUUUCCUUCAAAACCCCCCAAAUGGUUAUCCCCUCUCUGUCAGUCUUUGUCAGUUUCUUUCAGCCUCUGUUUUUGUAAUUGUAAUUGAAAGCAGCUGUGAUGAGGUUACUAUAGUUCAAAGAGAGCAGUUUUUGUGAGAGGGCACAGCCUUUGUUUAGAGCUCCAGUUACUCAAAAGGCAGGCAAGCAACUGUCUACAGGUCACUUCAGCCAGAAAGCUGGAAGUUUACCCAUUAGUUAGGCACAAAAAUACCUGCACGGUCUUCAUUCUGGGUAACUGUGAAGAGGAAGAGGAACAGGAAGUUUGACGAUAGAGUCACAGCGGAGAAAACAGAAGUCCUCAGCGAUGACCUCUUGCAGAUUGAACGGCGCAUGGAGCUGGUGCGUGUGGUGUCCCAUAACACACACAAGAAGAUGGUGUCAUGUCUGCAGGGACACAUCGGUGCAGAUGCAGAGAAGAGACAUUCGGUACCACGCCUCUAUACAGGAAAUGGUCAGAAAAAGCUUCCCCUGACUUCACUGUCCCAGGCAAUGGUUGAAGGCGGAAACCAGUUGGGAGAAGACUCCUUGAUAGGGAAGAUGAUGGAAGUGUGCGGUGAGGCAGAGAACCGCCUGGCAUCAGAACUGAUGCAACAUGAGCUGCAGAUAGAGAAGGACGUUUUGGAUCCCCUCAGCCAGCUAGCAGAGGUGGACAUUCCCAACAUCCUGAAGCAGAGGAAACAACUGGCCAAGUUGGUGCUGGACUAUGAUUCUGCCAGAGCAAGAUGGUUGCAGGCAACCAAAUCAAUAAUCUCAGGAACAAACACUCAAGCACUGACGGCCAAGGCUGACCUACUCAAGGAGGAGAUGGAUGAGGCCAUGAACAAAAUGGAGCUUUGCAAGGAUCAACUCGCUGCAGACAUGUACAGUUUUUUCUCAAAAGAAGGGGACUAUGCCUGCUACUUCGUAACUCUCUUAGAAGCUCAAGCUGAUUACCACAGAAAGUCUCUCACUGUUCUGGAGAAUGUCUUGCCAACCAUCCAGGCACAGCAAGAGUCGUGGACGGAGAAGCCUGCAUUUGGCACUGGGCUGGAUGAGCACCUGAAAAGGAGUGGAAGGGAGAUUGCGCUGCCAAUAGAGGCGUGUGUCAUGAUGCUUCUAGAGACUGGCAUGAAGGAAGAGGGUCUUUUCAGAAUCGCAGCAGGGGCAUCCAAGCUAAAGAAGCUAAAGGCAGCACUGGAUUGUUCCACGUCGCAACUGGAGGAGUUUUACUCGGACCCCCACGCUGUCGCUGGAGCACUGAAGUCCUACCUGAGGGAGCUCCCUGAACCUCUCAUGACUUACCAGCUUUACGAUGAAUGGAUCCAGGCAUCCAGUGUGUCAGACCCAGACAAGAGGCUCCAGGCACUCUGGGUUGUAUGUGAUAAGCUACCAAAGAACAACAAAACCAACCUGAGGUAUCUGGUGAAGUUUCUAUCUAAACUGGCUCAGGACAGUGAGGUGAACAAAAUGACUCCUAGUAACAUCGCCAUUGUCCUGGGGCCCAAUCUGCUGUGGGCCAAGACUGAGGGGAGUCUGGCUGAGAUGGCUGCAGCUACCUCUGUGCACGUGGUGGCCAUCAUAGAGCCCAUCAUCCAGCAUGCGGACUGGUUCUUUCCUGAUGAGGUGGACUUCAACGUGUCCGGCAUGUUUGCGAUGCCUACACCUGCAUCCAACCACAACAACCAUCUUGACUACGACUGUGGCACCAUAGAGAGGAAGAGACCUGUCAGUAUGGUGGGACCAGAGAACGACACAACACGCAAAGACAACGCCCCUAACAAGCACUCGGACCACACCCUCCGUAGAGGCAGUAACACCUUAGGUAGAAAGCAGCACACUUCACCUGCCUUCCAGCCUCCUUUGCCCCCUGUAGAGGCUCCAGGGCAGGGGCACGGGGCCGGGCAGGUCCCCCAGCCCUCAGCUGAGCCCCAGCCCCAGCCACAAGCUCCCUCAGGGGGCUCAGGGCUUGAUGCUUCCCAACAAAGCUUGGCGCAGGGUCUGGCUGCUCUGGCAGCCGCUCAGCAGCUUCUAGCCCAGCAUACAGAGGAGCUCAGCAACCCAAAGCUACGUGACUCUACACCUGCCCAGACCCCUCAGCUCCAGAGGAAUGGCUCUGGAGGAGGGGGCCAGGCUGCAGGCCAGCUGGGUACUGGGACUUCCGGAGCUGGAUCCAUGGGGCCCAGUCCACAUAUGACACGCAGAGGGACCAAGAAGCAAGCUCCUGCCCCUCCAAAACCGCCAAACCCUCCACCCAGCCAGCCGUGUAAUUCAGCGAACCACGCCUCUUCCUCAGGCUCCUCCCAGUCGCUCAGCCCCACUCCCAGACCCCUGUCCAGCCACUCACCCACCUCGCCCACCUCGUCCACCUCGCAGCCAUGUGCCACACCCAGACGCCACUCCAGUAACCAGACCACAAUCCAGGCGCCCAGUCAUCCACCCCCAGAGCCCCCGACGCAGGCCAGCCCUCCAACGCAGCCGGCAUCACUCAGCCGGUCCAGCGGCGACCAACAGAGUGCAGACUCCUCGCCUCCGGGAACCCCGACCCCUCCAGACACCCCUCCGCCCUCCACUACCACCCAGGAUGUAGUUGCUCCUCCGUCCCCAUCUCCCUACCAGUCAGGCUCCCUUCCCCGUCCACGGCCCGUCCCUAAACCCCGGAGCAGACCCAGUGUCCCGCCACCACCCCAGCCCACUGCGCCGGCCAGUGAUACCAAUGGCAUCUGUGCCACUGCUUAUAAGAUGAUGGAUCCGGCGAUGUCUUUCAAAGGGCUGAGUCGAGCUUUGGUCCCUGAGCUCGCUGUAGACCAGCAGCCAGUGACGGCCUCCUCUUCCUCCUCAUCCACCUCCUCCUCCUCUUCCUCCUCCUCCUCUUCCUCCUCCUGCUCCCUGCCUCUUCCCAAAGACUGCGACCUGGACACCGAGAGCACUGUCCUAUAAGGAGGAGACGACGACACGCUCUGGUCCAGUGCCCCCACACAUCUCCUCCCAUCAUACACACACCUCAUGUAAUCUGCUCGUGUUUCGUCCCAGCUCUCCUGCAGCCCUCCUCAAACAGAAUAAACUUGUGCUGUUGUGCUCUCUAAGUCCAGGUUGUAUGUAGGAUUUUAAUGUGACAUAAAGCACCUCAUGGCAGCCGUGAUGGAGGCCCGCAGCUCUUGGUCAAAAAAUGGCUAUGACAGUAGAUUGUGUUUGUGUGGCUGUUUGCAACAAAACUUAAUAGACAAAGUUAACACAGUUCAUGCUUUUACAGCAAAUGGCUCAUUCCCCCAGUUACGCACACAAUGGUGUGUUUAAUUCUCAGCAUUUUAAGUUUGACACCAGCGUAUUUGAUCAGUUUAACUGUAAGCACAUCUUUCUAAUGCAUGUUGCAUUUCUUGAUUUUUGUAGCGACUCUCAGACACACAAACAUCACAUAGUUAAGUAAGUUGAUCCUUUAAUUUAGGUUAUCCUUACAGUGCGGACUGAAGGUUUUUAAAGCAAAAACACCAAAAAACAAGCUACUUGAGCAUAUAAAUUUGAGUUUUGGGAAAAUGUGGCAUUUUUGGAAUUCUUUCAAAUUGCACAGUCACGAUGAUUAACUGUAAUAAGCAGAUAAGCAAGUUAAUUAGUCAUAGUCAGAAAGCAAAUCACCAUAUUGGCUCACUUCCUUUGACUUGGUGUAUUUAAACUGACCUCCAGUCACACCAUUCACAGUCCUUUCCUGACUAGCUGUUUAUUUACUCAGAGUCCUCCUGACCUCCAUGAUGGUGUCAGAUGCUUCCAUGAGGAGACUUGUGACACAAAGCUUCUAUACUGCAAUGCAAACCACUGCCACCUCGGUCUUUAUACUGCCCCCCACUCCCCUCAAGGAUUAACCUCCAGACAAUCACCAACAAACAGUGGACAGCUGAGUCACCAAUAACACCAAUACAUAACUGCAUCACAGAGAUGUCAUUGUUAUAUAAAUGGAAGAAUGGGUCGGGGGGGGUGCCGCCAAAUUAUGAACUGAUGAGACUCGUUUGGAAUUUGGUGUGAGGUGUUUUGCCUCUUUUUCUUUUCUUUUUUUAAACAUUUUUUUUAUGUUGAAUGAAAAAUGGUUUCGGGGCAAAAAAGAAAAAAAAUAAAAGGUCUUUCUACAGCACACAGAGGAGGGGAAAAGGUCGGCAGGUUGAAGUAAAAACCAAAACUUAAAGUGUAGCUGGUGACUGCAAGUUUCCAGGCUUCUCAAACACUUGAUGGAUCCCGUCCCCGUCCCCUGUCCCCACCCCCCCUAUUUAUUUACCAGUAUCAAAACACACAUUCCUUGUGGCUUGACAUAAUUAAUGCAGUCUUUAAAUGUAAAUCAUGCCUUACCGGUUCCUCCCAGAACCAUGUAAUAAGCAUUAUAUAUUUACUGUACGGAGGAUAUACUUGGCUCCUAAUACUACAGUAUUUCCAAGAAGCUGUCAUGGCAACAGGUUUGUUUCAGGGAUGAAAGGAAGGUGAUUGGACCCUCUGCGAUAGAUGUCUUGUAUGGUUGUGUAUUUAAAUGUGUUUUGGUUGAUUUGUUUCGGUUUUAUAAGCAGAAGUAGCAGGGUUAACCGCUCUACCAGCCUGAACACAGUCAGUAUUUUUGCCUUUCUGUUUUUCCAUCUUUGUUUUUGGGUUGGUUUUUUUUUUUUUUUUUUCUUUUUGCCUUUCUUUUAUCUGGUGGGGAAUUACAACACGCAAUAGGCUGUGUGGGAGUGAAUGUAGUGAAAGGACUUCUUAUCAGCCUUUUCAUCCUGAACAGAAAGACGCAUAAACAGCUGAUGUUGCACUUGACCAAUGAGUGGUUUCCUAGUGAACUGGUUUCAAGGAUUUUUUUUUUUUCUGUCUUUCCCACUGAGCUGAGCACACAGCACUGUGAAACCUCAGUAGUGAUGUGGUGUUAGAUUUUUGCCAGGUCAAAAGAAUUUAAAAAAAAAAAUGUUUUGUUGUAUUUUCUGUGUAAACUUUGCUUUUUUUGGCUUUUUUUUUUUUAUUUGGAUGUGAGACCCAAUAUGGUACCAGUGGAGAAAGUCUUGGAUGCUGCAGUUGCCCUGAGAACGAGUUUUGUUUUUCAGAGACAAUCGAGCAUUAUAAUCCCCUUAUUUCUCUCUUUGCUCCUGUACCUCGCUGCCUUAUCCCUAUGUAUCAAGAGAGCUUCUCAAGGCUCUUUAGGAUGAACAAAUGCCAUUAAACUAGAAAUGCUGCACUUUUAAGCUCCAUACAUUUGUAUGUAUGCCAUCUGAGCUUAAAUAUGGAAAAAAAUAUGUAAUAUGAAUGCUUGGUUAUACCCCCUUUCCAAAGAAAAUAAAGUAUAUGAAGAAACUA